AAGCUCCCAGCCCGGUUUGCACAUCUCGCGUAUCGUUAGCUAGUUCAUGUCAACACCAGAUUUAACCGACUUUGUUGGACAACGCAGCGCAUUUAGCCGUCUUCUGCAUAUAUCUGGUCACAAACAGGGUGAUAUUCUAACAUUACAAACUGUCAUUUUUUUAUACUUUGCUGUGCUUAUCGUCGCUUUAGCUAACUUUAGCCGCGCUAGCCUGGCGCGCGCCGUGGACGAAGGUUGACAGAAUGUCAAGACCACGGUCGAGAUCACCACGUUACAGGAGGUUUCCAUGGGAGGAACCCGACUUUGAUCCUUACAAAGUCGUUGCAGGACUUGACGGGGAUGAGUUGGACAGGAAACAACGCCUCAGAGAAGAUCCAGAGGAACACUUGGAUUACUUUAGGGAAGAUGUGUACCCAGAAGGCCAGAGAAGAUCACCUCUUUUCUCAGAUGACCGCCACUUUGGGCAUCAGCGUCACCCAAACAAGGAGGAUUUCUAUCGCAGGAGGCCAUCACCUCAUCGUGAUGUGAUGGGCUAUGAUAACCGAAGGCUUUCCCCACUCCCGCAUGAUGGAGGAGGAGAAGGAGACCGACGCAGAGAGGGGUUUAGAGAGCACUUCCAGAGUUUUGAGAAUAGAGGGAGGCCGUCGCAGUCGCCUCCUAGGUUGACAAGGGAAAAAUUGCCGCCGACACCAAGGUCUCACUCAGACCACCAGCAGAGAGAGCCGGGGAUGGGCUGGAGGAGGGAGGAGCAGGGCCGAGGACGAGGGAGAUUCAGAGACCUCAGUCCAAGUGUGAGGUCAGAUGACCAAAGAGGGGGGGCAGGCUGGGACAGAGGAAGGAGGAACACACAGGGUCCUGGUAGAGGCAGACAAAGAGAGGAGUCACAUCAAGAGAGGACCCCCCCCUUUAAAAGGCAACGGAGAGAAAUGGAUGACAGCAGUCACCUUGGGUACAGGAAUGAGGAGGACUUUGGGGAACAGCGUUUCUCAGUGGACGCGCCCAGAGAUGGGUUUGGAGGAGACUCUCCUCGUGGAGACACUGGGCACUCAGGACCACUCGUCAUUGAACAUGAUCACGGCAUCACAUACAGCAGAUCCCCAUCACGGUGGGAACAGUUUGACAGUCGCAGAGAUCUUGACCCCGACUUUGAACGUCAGAGGAGCCCCCGGCCAGUGAGCUCCUCUCAGGAGCGGUUCAGGACGCCAGACAGCAGGUCGGAUGAUCGGGAAGGCGCAAGAGGACAUAAUUUUCAAGAUAAAUGGCGAGAUUACAACUAUCGUGAAACUCGGAGGAGCCCUACGACACAAGAUAGACCAAACACUAUGAGAUAUGGUCAUCGAGAAGGUCCCGUGAACAUCAGGGGGAGGGGAGGAUUUCGCCCCAUGAGAGGCAGGAGCAGUCGCGGCCAGGGUGGAAAGACUGGACCACAAAGGAAUCAACAACACUUUCAGCAAUCCUCUCAGGGAUACCAAGAUUUUCCUCGUGACGGGCCAAGACCAGAAUACCGACCCGUAAGGGAAGAUAGUUAUGAGGAUCCUGCUGAACGGGAGGAUGACUGGGCAGAAGAAACAAGGCUUCAGGCGUGGAAACAUGACAGGCCUGGAAGUCUGGACCGGCAUCUACCAAAGAUUGACUUGGACCCUAAAAUGCCCCGUCAGCGGCUGCGCCAAUGGAACGAUCAGAAAGCCAAUAACAUGACUGUUGUAACGGAGGAAACGCUAACCAUCAAAGUGGACAUGAGUCGACCCGUAAACCAAAACAGCUCGCUGUGUUACUCCUCAGACCGGCAGCUCUCCUUAGACCUGGUCAACGUGGGCCGCCAGCGUCUCGACUUCCUGCCCAUGCUGGAGCAUUCUGGGACAUAUCGGGAGACCGCAACACACACCGGGACUUUUGCCCAGGAAAUCAUCACGCUGGUGCACCACGUCAAAGAGCAGUACUUCAGAGACGGUGGUGUCACCUUGAACGAGCGUUUCUCAGCUCCACAGAAAGGCGGCUUCCCCGAGGAGGAGACGGAGGAGCUGACGUUGGAUGAGAGGUUCAGCUCGAACCGAGGCUUCAGUUUGAACAUGAGCUCGCUGCUUGAAGACGAUGAGCCUCUGUUCUCCAGACUGGGACCCCUGCAGCCGGUUCGAGGCCCCGGGGACCUGAGGCACGACCUGGAGAGGAGGCGGCAGGAGAGGCUGGAGGGAGUUAAAGUCACGAUAUCAGGGAGCAGCAUGUCGCAGCGCCCCCUGGGGCCAGUCAGUGAGCCGGAUAUAGAUUACAGCGACAAGGACGAAAUAGCUCUGAUGGAGGACGAAGGAUUCUCCAACUGGCCCGACGAGCAAAGCAGGAGACGAGAAGGCAACAUGGGACCCAGGAGAGGAGCCUACAGACCGAACACCGGCCCCCAGCGCAGGAACAAUCGCUUCGGCCACCGGCUUGGACCAGUAAGGCGCGGGAACAACCGCAACAACCCGGCAGGUCCGAGCUGGUGAACACUGGAAGGUUUGGAUGCUGCUAAUCUGUUGAUAACUUUUAAUACCGAUCGUACAAACCAGCAGAGUAAAAGGAAGUAAUUUGUCCAGCUGAAUUGUUCCCAUGUUGGUUUUGAUCAUCAGCACGACGUUGGUGACGUUUGAUGUCUGAAUAACUGAAUGUGAAUCCUUCUGUGACUUCUCUCCUUCCAUCUUUGUUUGUCCUUCUGUUGUCGAUGUCUCCACACGUCGUCUCUGUUGAUGUGUGGUCUUGAUUUAAAACCGUAUGUUUUUUAAUCAGUCACUGUUAAUCCGGAUAAUGUUGGUCCGACCGUUUAAAACUGUACUGCUGCUGAAACAGAGACGGUUGAAUUCAUUACUACUUGAAUGGCUGCUUGUUGUUCAGCGUGAACAUCAAUAUUAUGUUUUCUUGAUUGCUGAUGAUUUUCUUCAGUCUCACUGUAAUUCUGUGUUGUUUCACCAGCUCUCUGUCAGUCACACCAGACAAAACUGGUGAACAAAUAAAACAUUUGUCUUUUUGA